AUGUGUUAUGCAGAUGACCAGGAAGAGUCAGAAGGUGAUGCUGAUGACGAAGAGGAGGAAGAAGGACAUGUUGCCGAGGAAGCAAAACCUCCUCCACCUCCUUCUCCAAAAUAUGAUGAUGAAACGCAAAAAAUAGUGGAUGCGGCCAGUAAUGCUCGAACAGAAUAUCACUCCGCCAACGAUGCUGCAUCAAAAAUUAAAUCGGAGAUAAACGACGUUGAACAGUAUUUGAAAACUGACUUCGGAGUAGACGACGAAUUUGCCAUUUUGGAAAGCGAAUGCUUUGAAUAUACAGAUCACGAGUAUAUUUACAAAUUAUGUCCGUUUAACAAAGUCAUUCAGCAACCAAAGUCGAGUUCUCUCGAAACUCAUUUAGGAAAAUGGGGCGAAUGGAUAGGAGUAGAAAAUAAAUAUUCAGUCAUGCACUUCACCGGUGGUCAGUCGUGCUGGAACGGUCCAGAGCGAUCGACAAAAGUACGAGUUGUGUGCGGUAGUGAAAAUAAAGUGACAGCGGUCACUGAACCUAAUAAAUGUGAAUACCAGUUUGAUUUUACAACACCAGCAGCUUGCAGAGAAUCAAUGACAGAUAGUGAGCACGAAAUUCAUGAUGAAUUAUAAUAGACUAAUAGAGUAUUAAUUUUUAUGGGGGAACAUUAUUAUACGUAUUUUUUUAUUGCGUGCUAGAUAAAUUAUUCUACAGGUUUUAUUCUACACAUUUGAUUUACAGUGAAUAAAUAGUAUUGGGUAAUUAUUUAAAUUUUGCUGUCUAUAAUUGUAAAAUUUAGGAAUAUGAAGGCUAAGUAAGUUGAUUUUUGAAAAAUAAACAUUCGAUACUUUUAA